AUGGAUCACACGCUCAGGUGCAACGUACAGGCGUGUCGGAGGGAGAUCGAGAACCAAGCCCUGGUCACCACUUGCAGUGCCUGCCAGCGUCAAUCCGUCAAGAUUCUGACACCCAGGCUCAAGGCUCUGGACCAGAAGCUCCAGGCAUUAGUUAAGAAUGCAAACAUAGAAAUAGAAAGCUUGCGAGAAGAACUUCAAGCUCGGUCCCUCGACUACAAGAACCUACGCCAGAAUUAUGAACAUUUGGAACAGUCAUACAAAGGCAAGUCGUGCAAGCUCAUGCAAGUUUAG